AAAUUGUGCGGCCAAAGCAAGGUCUGCCGGGUUCAUUUCGCCGCUUCUCCCACCCGGCUGGUCUUUUUUUUGUAGGGAUCUUACCGCAAUGGCGGAACAGCAGCAGCAGUUCUAUCUCCUGCUGGGGGACCUUAUGAACGCUGACAACAAUGUCAGGAAGCAGGCAGAGGAAACCUACGACAACAUCCCGGGCCAGAACAAAAUCACAUUCCUGCUGCAGGCCGUCAGAGAUGCAUCAGCUGCAGAGGAGGUCAGGCAGAUGGCGGCCGUGUUGCUGCGGCGGCUGCUGUCGUCCUCCUUCGAGGAAAUCUACCCGGGCUUGACGCUGGAGAUGCAGACGGCCAUCAAGACGGAGCUGCUGACCAGCAUCCAGCACGAGACGUCGCAGAACAUCCGCAAGAAGGUCUGCGACAUCGCAGCCGAGCUCUGCCGCAACCUCAUCGACGAUGACGGCAACAACCAGUGGCCAGAGGUGCUGAAGUUCCUGUUCGACUCUGUGAACUCGGACAACGUGGGUCUGAGAGAAGCUGCCCUUCACAUUUUCUGGAACUUCCCGGGCAUCUUCGGCAACCAGCAGCAGCACUACCUGGACGUUAUCAAGCGCAUGCUGGUUCAGUGCAUGCAGGACCAAGCCAACCCACAUAUCCGCACCCUGGCAGCUCGGGCCGCCGCCUCUUUUGUUCUGUCCAAUGAAGGCAACACGGCUCUGCUGAAGCAUUUCGCUGACCUGCUGCCUGGAAUCCUGCAGGCGGUGAACGAGUCGUGCUAUCAAGCAGACGACUCGGUGCUGAAGUCCUUGGUGGAAAUCGCCGACACGGCGCCCAAGUACCUGAGGCCCAACCUGGAGGCGACGCUGCAGCUCUGUCUGAAGCUGUGUGCCGACACAAACCUGACCAACAUGCAGAGGCAGCUGGCUCUGGAAGUCAUCGUCACGCUGUCGGAGACGGCGGCGGCCAUGCUGAGGAAGCACACGGCCAUCGUGGCUCAGAGCGUUCCCCAGAUGCUGGCUAUGAUGGUGGACCUGGAAGACGACGACGAGUGGGCCAUGGCCGACGAGCUGGAGGACGACGACUUCGACAGUAACGCCGUGGCCGGGGAGAGCGCUCUGGACAGAAUCGCCUGUGGUCUGGGAGGAAAGAUCAUUUUGCCCAUGAUCAAGCAGCACAUAAUGCAGAUGCUGCAGAACCCCGACUGGAAAUACCGUCACGCUGGACUGAUGGCGCUGUCUGCCAUCGGCGAAGGCUGCCACCAGCAGAUGGAGGCCAUUCUUCAGGAGAUCGUCAGCUUUGUCCUCCUCUUCUGCUCUGAUCCCCACCCGAGAGUCCGUUACGCCGCCUGUAACGCCAUCGGACAGAUGGCCACCGACUUCGCUCCGACCUUUCAGAAGAAGUUCCACGAUAAGGUCAUCUCCGCGCUCCUCCAGACGAUGGAGGACCAGAGCAACCCACGAGUCCAAGCGCACGCCGCCGCCGCCCUCAUCAACUUCACAGAGGACUGCCCCAAGUCGCUGCUCCUCCCCUACCUGGACAGCCUGGUGCAGCACCUCCACGUCAUCAUGGUGGCCAAGCUGCAGGAGCUGAUCCAGAAGGGCACCAAGCUGGUCCUGGAGCAGGUGGUGACGUCCAUCGCCUCGGUGGCCGACACGGCGGAGGAGAAGUUUGUGCCGUACUACGAGCUGUUCAUGCCGUCGCUGAAGCACAUCGUGGAGAACGCCGUGCAGAAGGAGCUGCGGCUGCUGCGGGGGAAGACCAUCGAGUGCAUCAGCCUGAUCGGCCUGGCCGUCGGCAAGGACAAGUUCAUGCCGGACGCCUCCGCAGUGAUGCAGCUGCUCCUCAAGACCCAGACGGACUUCAACGACCUGGAAGACGACGACCCUCAGAUCUCCUACAUGAUAUCGGCCUGGGCCCGCAUGUGCAAGAUCCUGGGGAAGGAGUUCCAGCAGUACCUCCCUGUGGUGAUGGGGCCCUUAAUGAAGACCGCCUCCAUAAAGCCGGAGGUGGCGCUCCUCGACACUCAGGACAUGGAGAACAUAUCGGAGGACGAGGGCUGGGAGUUUGUGAACCUGGGAGAUCAGCAGAGUUUUGGAAUCAAGACGGCGGGCCUGGAGGAGAAGGCCACCGCCUGCCAGAUGUUGGUGUGUUAUGCCAAAGAGCUGAAGGAGGGCUUUGUGGAGUACACGGAGCAGGUGGUGAAGCUCAUGGUGCCUCUGCUCAAGUUCUACUUUCAUGAUGGUGUCAGAGUGGCUGCGGCUGAAUCCAUGCCGCUCCUCCUGGAGUGCGCUCGGGUCCGCGGGCCGGAGUACCUCACCCAGAUGUGGCACUUCAUGUGCGACGCGCUCAUCAAGGCCAUCGGCACCGAGCCCGACUCCGACGUCCUCUCUGAAAUCAUGCAUUCGUUCGCCAAGUGUGUUGAGCUGAUGGGAGACGACUGUUUGAACAAGGAGCAUUUUGAGGAACUGGGUGGCAUCCUUAAAGGGAAACUGGAGGAGCACUUUAAAAACCAGGAGCUCAGACAAGCCAAAAGACAAGAUGAAGACUACGACGAGCAGGUGGAGGAGACGCUGCAGGAUGAGGACGAGAACGACGUUUACAUCCUGACCAAAGUGUCGGACAUCCUGCACUCUGUGUUCAGCAGCUACAAGGAGAAGGUGCUGCCCUGGUUCGAGCAGCUGCUGCAGCUCAUCGUCCAGCUCAUCUGUCCCAACAGACCGUGGGCCGACAGGCAGUGGGGUCUGUGCAUCUUCGACGACGUGAUCGAGCACUGCAGCCCCACCUCCUUCAAGUACGCCGAGUACUUCCUGCGGCCGAUGCUCCAGUCGCUCUGCGACACCAGCCCUGAGGUGCGGCAGGCGGCGGCUUACGGCGUGGGCGUCAUGGCUCAGUACGGCGGCGACCACUACCGGCCUUUCUGCACAGAGGCGCUCCCCCUGCUGGUGGGUGUCAUCCAGGCGGCCGACUCGCGGUCCAAGGAGAACGUCAACGCCACGGAGAACUGCAUCUCCGCGGUGGGGAAGCUGAUGAGGUUCCGGCCGGAGUGCGUCAACGCCAACGAGGUCCUCCCCCAUUGGCUGGGCUGGCUGCCGCUCAAGGAGGACAAGGAGGAGGCCGUGCACACCUUUGACUUCCUGUGUGACCUGAUUGAAAGCAACAACCCCAUCGUCCUGGGGCCCGAAAACUCCAACCUGCCCAAAAUCUUCCUCAUCAUCGCCGACGGCGUCGCCAACGAAUCGGUUAAGAGCGAAGACGCCUGCAGCAAACGGCUCGCUAACGUCAUCCGUCAAGUCCAGGUGUCUGGAGGACUGUGGACGCAGUGUGUCUCCACCCUGAACGAGACGCAGCAGAAAGCCAUCCAGGACCUUCUGAACACUGCCUGAUCCCGGACCCUCGCCCUGUCACCUCCUUUUUUCUGUUCUCCAAGACGCCCAAGAAGAAACGUAGAGCUCCUGGAUCUCCUCCAUACACUCCCCCCCUCCCCCACCCGUUUCUCCCUCCUGCUCCGUAGUGUGUAUGGACGCCAGAUUCCCCCCUCAUCGCCGCCUUCGCCCGACUAACAUGAAGCUCAGCUAACUCCGUGGGGGGGGGGGCAGCAGGUCAGAUCUCCAUGGAGGACAUCGGCCACCAACCUGAAAGACUCUCCUCCUGCACCGGGGAGAUGAUUGUAGAAGCUAAGCUGUCGCCCCGCCUCCUCUUGGAGCCGCUCCCCGACCCGUCUGGCUGCUCCGCCCAGAGGGGCUCCAAGUCGCCCCGUCUAAUUGGACUGAAGAAGCGUGGGACUGGCAGGACAUUAUUCUGGACUGAGCUGCUGAAAAGAAGUGGAAAAUGCACAUCGGGCAAUCACUGCCUAUAUCCUGUGAAAUUUCUUUUUUGUAUUUUUAUUUUUUUUUCUUCUUGUUCCGUGUUUUCCAAGCGUUGGUCGGGAUGUGUUUUAACAUGGCAUGUUACGUGGCUAACUCAAAAUACCAAUGAUCUGUCCAUUCACGCAGUUUUUCUUGGCCUUCACGGGGAAGUUUUUUUGAAACGGUUCUCUGGACCCUUCUGGUAGCAGCUGAAAAGGCGGCGUUGGUUCUCCUACAGAGACUCGGUUCUGUGCUCGGUUAACGCCUCAAAACAACGCGACUGUUUGUAAAGAGGAGAAGGAGCGCAUCCUUAACUCCCAGCCGUCUGGUUUUGACCCGUUGCAGUCCUGCAGAUGUGAAAUGAAAUUCUAGAAACUACCAAUAAAAUUACGUUGAGGACUUCUGA